UCCAUGUCGAUUUAUCAACCUCGUCUGUUUACUUGCGCUUUUGGCUAUCUUUAAUAGCACUUAUUAAAUACCAAACCAGGAAGUUCUGGAUAUUCUCCUUUCAGCAGGCAUAUUACACAACUGUUGGUUUGGUUAAUUACUAUCGCAGCAUCAUGGAUAACUUAGGCACAGAAAUUGGUCAGAAAAUGAGGAGUGCCGUGAAGGCAAAGCUGAUCGAGCUUGGCACCGGAUCGGCGAGCGGAUACAUCGACGACGAGCUGCCGGAUUACGUGAUGAUCAUGGUGGCAAACAAGCGCUCCCGGCAGCAGAUGGUCGAUGAUCUGUCACUGUUUCUUGGUGCUCAGACGGAGAUAUUCGUGAAUUGGCUGCAUCAGGUGCUGCAGAAGUUGCAGGAAGUGACACUACCGGCCACCGUUGCGGCAAAGUCGAAGGAAGUCGCCAAAAGGAAAUCCUCCGAGGUGGACGACAAAAAGAAGGACAAGAAGCGGAAAGAUAAGAAACUGAAGCGGCGGGAUCGUAGUACCGACGGGGAGGAUGCGGCCGAUACCUCCAACCGCAGGAGUGAAACAGAGGACAAUACGCCUCCAAGACCGGCAGUGGCACUGCCGGCAAGCUCCAUUACAGAAGUAUUCGCACACCAGUACAUAGAAAAGGCAAAAAAGUCGCUCGAGUCGGACAGUGCACCGGUCGCGAAGAAACAGCCGCCCGAGCGAUCCGAGUCGGAAGACCGAACGAAAAGCAAAACUCCGCCAAAAAAUUCGGAUCUCCCACCGUCGAUUGCCGAGCUGGCCAGUGCCAGUGUUGUCCAGAAGCAUCACAAAGAGCUGUGCGAAUUGAAGGAAAUAGAGGAAAGAAUCAGUGCGGCCAAGCGCCACCUGAAAUCGCUCGGCACCGACAUCUCGGAUGACGAUAAUGAGGAUUUGCUGCUUCUGAAGGCAAGCGAGGACGAUCUGCUCCCACCGCGAGCUCGAUCCAUUCAACCAGCGUCAACGCGACCCAACAAAUCAGCAGAAAGUACUGCGACCAAACCCAGGCAACGAAUAACAAUGGGUCCCGAGGAACCCGUCAAACAAACGCCGCCAACACGAAGCACCACGCCACCAGCCUCUUCACGGUCAACUGAUGCUCAACAAGCAGGCGCCAAAAAACGAUCCGUUUUAGAUCGGCUGGGAACAAAAAACUCCACCGCGACGUCUGAACGCGAGAAAGGUGCGAGCUACGAAACGAAAGAUGCACGGGAAUCAUCCUCAAAAGAGGCUAACAAAGCGGGAAGCUCAUCCAGUGCUGGUACCUCAGGUACGAAAAGUACGAUCAUAAGCCUAUCCGCACAUAGACGCGAGGAGAGAGAAAUCUACGUCCCUUUAUUCCGGCGCAAGGAGGCGGCGGAAGAGCAGUCGGCAUCAAAAAACAGGGCGCGCCCGCCUCCCACCACAAGGGGAGAUCCCCAUCAACGUCAAAGGGAAAGCGGCCGUGAAGCGAAUCACCGCGACACGAGGUCGCCUCCGCCGCGCUUACCACCCAUCUCACGCACGGACGCCACCCGAGCCAGAUCACGGGAGACAAAUUUUCGGCGUGUCGACCGCGAUCGGGAUCGCGAUCGCGAACGUAUAGAUGAUCAGCCGAUCGGACGAAAAUCACGUCCUCGGGAGCGAUCGCGCAGCCGCGAAUGGAUUCGCGACAGCAGCAACCGGGAUCGUUCCGGUUCUGGGGGUCGCGUUAAGAAUGGCACCGACACUGUGCGUGGUCGUGUCGGUUCACGGGUAAUUGUACUGCCACCAAAACCGGAAUACAACGAGGACAUUAUCGAGGUGCCAGUGGCGAGCGUUAUAAAAGUGCAGCCGCGUCCCGUGGUACCGAAGGCUACCCAGCCAAGCAAGAAUCUACUGCUCAAAGCAAUGGCCGAAGCGCAGCGAUCGACGGUAGCAAAUCUAAAGAAAACUAUUGAUAACACUGCCAUCGAGAACAGCAUCCAUCGAACGGAUAUGAAGCGAAAGCUUGUGAUCGAAAUUCCUGGCAUUGCGAUCGGUCAUCCUCCGGUGAAGGAUGUUCAGUAUGAGCGCAUUACAGACACGCACUGCGCAGCACUGCGCGAUCGAGAAAGAGUGGAAGAGGAGCAGGAAGAGGAGGAGGAGGAGAUGCAUGAGGUGGACAUAACGAACCAGGUGUUGAUGGAGGAUUGCGAUGUGGACGAGGAAUUUAAGGAAAUUCUUCAAAACGAAUACAGCGCUCCGAAACCAUCCGUUUCGCAUGACUAUCCAAUGGAAAUGGCCGUUUCGGAAGAAGAUGCGGCAAUUGCGGAGCAAGAGCUGGCUGAAGUCGCGACCAAGGAUACAAAGUUCGUGGUUACCUUGGAUGGAGCCUUCAAGUCGUCCGAUGAUAGAGAAGUAUCGCCAAGCCAUACGCCACCGCCGCCGCCAGCAUCGGCCGAAGGACUACACACGAAGGGAAGAAUGUCGGUGAAAGAUCGGAUUGGGUUCAAAGCUGGAACACGCGAGCCGCCCAGAAAGUCGCCCAAUCCAAGAGAUUCCAAAGAGAUGGAAGAGACGCUCAAGAAACGCAAAGAACGAUUCAGCGAAAAGCUUGUUGUAGCUGCAGCGGCAUCGAAACCGGUUAGUAAGAAAUCUUCCUCGCCGAUUCCACCCUCUAAUGCUGCUCCACGUGGAUCUUCUCACGGCAAUGGCGCUUUCGUGUCAAAAUCUCAGAAAUCACCCAAAACCAAUGCUCGAUCUUCGCGCAGUAGCCAGCCAGAGGUGUCGCGUGAUCGAACACCAUCGCUCAGCCCGGAGCGUCCACGGACGCCAAAAGAAACUCGUACCUCCCCAGUCCUCUCCCGGUCCAAACGAGUCGACGCUUCCCGUAAUGUCUCCAGCUCACCGAAUCAGCUGAACGAGCUUCUGCUGCAGCGCACGAAAGAGCUCAUGGACGACAGUGUGUCCUCGUCGCCGAUCUACAUGUCGAAGUCGGAUUACGACAAAAUGGAACCGUCGUCCCGCAAGCGAAAGCGAGUUUCUCCCAUUCAGUUCGAUCUUACCGACGAGGACGAGCGGCAUGACAGCGACGACGAUUAUCACCAUCAUCACCAUCGUGACAGAAGGGCUCGCAGCAGGGAGGAACAUCGCGCGCAACGUAGCCCUUCGCGGGACAGUGACGAACAGCGAAAAGAACCGCGACGCGAAUGGGAACGCGAAGGAGAAAAGCGAGACAGCCGGGAGGGCAGACCAAAAUCACCCGGAAGAAAAAUUAAGAAGUUAGAAUCUAGUCGUAAAUUCGACGAUAUUCCCCCAUUGCUUAGUGCCGUUUCAUUGCCCGGUGUGGAUGGCAAGAGUAACAAAUUGGUCGGAGGGGGCACAAUGAAAGAGCGCUGCAAAUAUUUCCCCAACUGUCGCCAGGGCGAUGCUUGCGAGUUUCUUCAUCCCAACACUCCUUGCAAAGCAUUUCCAAGCUGCAAGUUUGGCGACAAGUGCCUGUAUCUCCAUCCAAUGUGCAAAUACGAUCAAACCUGCCACCGGUUGGACUGCAAUUUUAUGCACUCGAAAAGCGCAUCCUCGGGCACAUCGGGCGGUCGGUCGGCACCACCGAUAGCAUCAUCCGUCGUGCCGGUGCAAAACUACAAAACGAUCAGCGCAAAACCGCUGCCGCCCGUCUGCAAGUUCUACCCGAACUGCGUCAAUACUCAGUGUCAGUUCCUUCAUCCGAAAAUAUGUCACUUUGGUAAUCAUUGCGCUAACAAGAUCGAAUGUAACUUUUACCAUUUUGAUAUCGCGUCGAAAGAUUUGCACGAUGCAUCAUCGAAGGACAAAUUUAGAUGGAUCUCUCCGUUCUCUGCUUGAGCACUGCCGACGCUAAACUACGCUUUUGGUACGGCUCUUUACGAUGGUCACGGAUUUAUGCGCGAGGUUUAUAAUACCGUAUGAUUGUUCUGGUUUUAUCUAUCUUCAACCUUCCAGAUUGGAUGCACACAGCAAAGUGCAGUGGAAGAUUAUAAGCGCGCACGUUGCACAGUUUUUUUUAUAUAAAACGUGUUAGCUAAUUAUCUGCUAGCUAUUUAAAAUGGAAAAUAUUUGAAUAUUUAUUGUUUGAGUAGUGAAAAAGCUAACUUCUUACUUCAGUGGCACAUAAAUAUGCUUCAUUUUGCAAGCCUUUGAUUUUGUUGGUACCAUUAUUUAAAUAGAAAAUUCAAAUAUGUUCUCAUGCAUCUUUUCGAACCAGGUGGGAUCAUUUCAAUAACCAUUAAAUGGAUUGGUUUUUGUCAACAAAUAUCAAUCAAAUGAUUCUUAGAUAGAUUAUGUACGUCAUGCGAGGAAGUAACGUUAUAGAAAGAUGAUCGCAAGAAAAAGAACAUUUCAAGAGCACAAUUUGGACUACUUGAACCUUCUUUUGUCUAUCGGAGUACAUCUUUUCACGUGCGAAACUAAGGCCCGGCAUGCAAACGAUUACUAGAAGUAGCAGCAUGUUCAAAGAAUAAUAAUUAAAUCUCAAUGAAAUUAUCGAAAUGUUGCC